CGUCUCCUCUCGUCACCAUUCACUGCAGGUCUGCAGAAGACUUGGACUCCACCAAACGUCUCCCUCACUUCCUCAGGGAAACACACAACAAAGUCCUUGCCCUCCAUUUGGAUGUGUGGCUCUUAAAGAACAAACCUAACAAAGAAGUCAGAAGAAGACACUCUUGAUGAGGGUGAAAGGAUGAUAGAGGGAGUGACAGAGAAAAGGUAGACGGAGUCACAAACACACACUGUAACAGUUUAUAAACAGGUGCUGUGAUGGCGGCGUGGCUGGGCCGCCUGUCUUUGGGCGACGCCUGGUACAACAUGUAUUCCCGCCUGCUGCGAACCAAACCUGUGGGCUCCAUGGCUCAGAGCUCAGACGACCUCACCGAGCUCGGGGAGGGGUCCGCAGUUGGCCUCGCCAAGGUGCUGACCACCGUGGACCUGGUGUCGCUCGGGGUGGGCAGCUGCGUGGGCACGGGAAUGUACGUGGUGUCAGGGCUGGUUGCCAAGGCGAUGGCUGGGCCUGGGGUCAUCCUGUCAUUUAUUAUCGCAGCGAUGGCGUCCAUACUGUCAGGUGUGUGCUACGCAGAGUUUGGUGUCCGGGUCCCCAAGACGACCGGCUCGGCCUACACCUACAGCUACGUGACAGUCGGGGAGUUUGUUGCGUUUUUCAUUGGCUGGAAUUUGAUCCUGGAGUAUCUGAUUGGCACUGCGGCGGGGGCGUCAGCUCUUAGCAGCCUGUUCGACUCUCUGGCCAAUCACAGCAUCAGUAACUACAUGAUAACACACCUGGGCACACUCAGAGGACUCGGUAAAGGUGAGGACACGUACCCAGACCUGCUGGCCCUGUUUAUCGCCCUGCUGGUCACAGUGAUCAUUGCUCUCGGUGUGCGGAACUCAGUGGGCUUCAACAACGUCCUCAACGUGGUCAACCUGGUGGUUUGGGUCUUCAUGAUCAUCGCUGGACUCUUCUUCCUCUCUGCCAGCAACUGGGAGGGCGGCAAGUUUCUGCCUUACGGCUGGUCAGGGGUGAUGCAAGGUGCUGCGACUUGCUUCUAUGCCUUCAUCGGCUUCGACAUCAUCGCAACGACAGGAGAGGAGGCGAAGAACCCGAACACCUCCAUCCCGUACGCCAUCACCGCCUCACUGGUCACCUGCCUCACUGCCUACGUGUCGGUGAGUGUGAUCCUGACUCUCAUGGUUCCCUACAACCUGAUUGACGGCUCGGCUCCUCUCAUGGAGAUGUUUGCGGUGCACGGCUUCCUGUGGGGGAAAUACACCGUGGCUGUGGGCGCCAUAGCCGGACUCACCGUCUCUCUGUUAGGCUCGUUGUUCCCCAUGCCCAGAGUGAUCUACGCCAUGGCCCGGGACGGACUGCUCUUCAGGUUCUUGUCACACGUGUCUGCGUUCUCACACACUCCCGCAGUGGCGUGUGCGGUGUCCGGGAGCUUUGCGGCGAUCCUCGCUCUGCUGGUGAGCCUCAGGGACCUGAUCGAGAUGAUGUCCAUCGGCACCCUGCUGGCCUACACCCUGGUUAGCGUUUGUAUUCUCUUGCUUCGCUACCAGCCUGACGAACAGACCGACACGCACCAGUUUAACUCCGGGGAGGACGUGGCCGACCUGAAGAACCCGGACGAUGGGGCUGUCCCCACCAAAGACGACCAGAUGCUGAUCGAAGGCUCAGACGGUGAUGGAUCGGCGUCCUACCACGCUAGCGGGACCGAAGGAGAGGGUGAUAGCUCUGAUUUCCACACAGGCAACGCCUCAUUGCUGAAACGGCUUCUGGGAGGUCAUUACUACACCCUGCGGCUGCGGCUGGGAAUUCCCGAUGCUUCGGCCCGGCCCACGCCUGCCACUGGCCGCAUAGUCACCCGAUGCACACUCCUCUUCUUCCUCACCUCCUUCCUCCUCUGGUCCACGGUUAUAUUUGGUGUUGAGCAGGGAACAGGUGUUGCCGCAGGGUUUUCAGGCCUCAUGGCUAUGACGAUGGCGGGGUCCAUGGCGAAGCUUUUGAUUAUGAUUAUACAGCAGCCAGAGAGUGGGAGGAGACUGCCCUACAUGGCGCCCUAUGUGCCUUUCGUCCCUGCGGCGGCCAUAUUGGUCAACAGCUACCUCAUGCUUAAACUGUCUCCCAUCACGUGGGCCAGGUUCACGAUCUGGUGCUUCGUAGGUUUGUUGAUCUACGGUUGUUACGGAGUGUGGCACAGCACGCUGGAGCUGAACGCCCAGGAGCAGCAGGCGCACUCCAGCUCCUACCAGCGAUACGACGACCACCUCGAUGAGACCUUCUCCCCCGAUGACAACCUUUACCCCCAGGAACCGGGGGAGAGACCCUACCAGGGCUGGUCUGCCCCGGAGGAGAAGGGAUACCACUACCAGCAGCAUAACCAGUACAAGCAGGAGGGACAGUACGACGACCAAGAUGGAGAGCAGCUUCAGUAUGAGGAUAACAGUGACCAGCAUGGAUACCAGUCCGGACCAGGAGGCCAGUAUACAAGCAGAGGCGGCAGAGGAAGGACCAAUCGUGGUUUUGAUGUGGGUGAAGAGGAGGACUGAUGUGAGGUUGUUUCCUGUUCGUCCAAACUGAAAUUAUGCCAGAAUGAGGAAUACUUUGAAAGUGACUUCUACACGAAACAGUAAAUCAAAUAAUCUCCAAAACAAGCAAAGUCAUACCAAAACAUUUUAUUUAAAUAUUUACCAGUGAACCCCUGCCUUUGUCUGCUCAGUGUGAAAAAAACGUAUCGUUGGAGGAGGUAGUGGAGUUUGAAUGUUUCAACGACUGAAGGGCCCGGCGGCUGCAAAGCUUCGGUAAUUUCUGGUGUCUGUAUGCACCUUUUAACACACACGAUAACAGUUUGUGUGUGAAACAGUGGUGUUGCAAUACAAAAUCCUCCCCCUGUGCUUCUUCUGUCCCUCCAAAUUUUUUCACACCACACUUGGAAUCAAUGACUACCCAUCUGACAGACGUUAACCCCUUCCUACUGUUUACCUCACGACUGUCGCAACAAAAUAAUAACUCUUUAGGGUUGUAAAAUCCUGCGGACCUAUUGGAGUAGUCUGUAGUUGUGUAUUGUUUUGGCAUAAAAUAAGCCUUUAAAUUAACAGAUCUGAAACUUAAAUUCCUGGAUUUUAUUUCAUCGUCUCACAGGUGCCUGAAAUGACACGCCUGCACCAGCCCCAUUGAAUUGAGCAUUAAGGCAGUCUGAACGUAGCCUUACUCCACUCAGAAACAGGAACAACAAAGAUGUGAUCAGGGCAUCCUUACUUUUCACUUUACAACGCAAAACUUAAUACAGAAGCUAUGGCAUCGGGGCCCCUGAAUCCAGAGAUCCUGGGCCUGUGUGUGGUAGACUCAUUUGGAAGUGGAUCCAAAGGGACAGCAGAGGCUGUCAGUAUUGCAACAUUAAACUGGAGGUGAUCUACAACAGGGUUUCCUCAACACACUUGUCAUCAGUCUUUACGUGGUUUCUCUUCAGCUGUUUCUUCUGAAGAAAGUCGCAAGGACUGGACUUUUUUAUCUCCACGGAGCUCUUUCUCUCACUCACACACGGCGUUUAUCAGACUCAAAUCUUAAGAAAUGAGUACAAACUUGACAAGGAGGUAGGUUUUUCUCUGGAGGCAGAAAUUCUCUCUCUGAUUAAAACUCACUGGGUGAAGAGAUCUUUUACUAACUGGCAACGUUGAAAAGCAAAGGUGGACGUCUGGUGGUACCACUUGUUUUUCACUCACAGCCUUUCCUCCCCUCUUACCUCUUGUUUCUGUGCAUUGCUACUUACCCAGGGAAAAAAUUGAUUUAUCUUAACCAAUCACACAACUUCUGUCGCCAGAAUAAAAAAGUAAAUUCUCCUUUUACCAUCAGUCUCAUGAUCAAACUUAGCGGCUCGCAUUUUCUUUUUGAAAGUUAAGGAUUUCAUCCUAUGGCUGUUCGUGGCAUCUCUGAAUAUCCUAGUUGUGGCUUUCUGAAGCCCUGAAAGAUACUUUUGUGUUUGUUUUUCAUGUUUGAGUGAAUGGUGUUUACAGUGAAAGACUAUUUGCUCUAUUUAGUGCCUGCAGCAACUAAUUGUUUUAAUGUGUGUAAAUGAGAACGGGGCAUUUAAGUUUUCUCGUGUUGCAGGAAUAAAUGUCACAUUUGGAGUGAAAUGAUUUAUUGUGAGACUCUUAAUUAUUUGAAAACUUUAAUUAU